CGGCACUUUUUUGCCGAUUCUUUGCCGAUUCUUUUCCGAUUAUUUGAAAUUGCUUUUCAUAUGGACUUUAUACUUUAUUUCAGUUGAAUACCCUUUAUCUUGUCUCAAAAAUUUUUCAUUUGAAUUGUCCUGUAAAAGUUGUGUUUCUUUCUCACAUUUUGUUCUGAUUAUUCUCUUUUGUUUUUCGUAUGUACAUAUAUGUUGACGUUUUAUUUUUCAAUAGAAAUUGGCCAUAAAUUCGCGCUUUUUGUAAUUCCUGGAAUAAUGGCUCAGGCAAACCCUAUUUGGAAGUUUUUCCAAAGAAAUUCGAGCACAGCAAAGUGUGAAAUAUGUUCAAAGGCAAUAUCUCUUGGUAACGUAAAUAAGAGGCGACAAACAACAGCCAACAUCAAAAAACAUUUGCAGACAGCUCACAAAAAUGAGUGGAAAAUUUACCUUAAAGAGCAGGAUGAAUUUUUAGCAGGAGUGAAAAAGCAAAAAAAGACGGAUCCAACUUCCAGCACACUCCAAGAAACGCUGCCGAGCUUACUCCAGAGGAAAAGUGGAUAUUGUUACCCAGACGAUCAUCCAGUGACCUUGCGAAUCGACAAAUCCAUAAUGGAUUUAAUUAUUGUCGAUAUGCUGCCCUACAAUAUAGUUGAAGGUAAUGCGUUUAAUAGGUUAAACAUUUGUGAUCCAAGCGGCGAUAGCAGAUAUCGCAAAAAGAGCGAAAAGUUUUUCCGGACUACGUUGAUGCCAGCAACCUACGAUAAGAUAAAGCACAAAGUUACUUAUCUCAUAGCAAAUGCGGAAUGGAUCAGUUUCACAACUGAUAUCUGGAGCAACUCCACCAAAUCAUGCUCCUUGCUCAGUUUUACAGCACAUUUCAUAGAAGGGCCUCGUAGGCUAAAAGUUAUUUUGGCAGCUAGCGUUCUGGAAACUGAUCAUACCGCUCAAAAUAUUUUUGCUGAUUUAAACAAAGUUAUAGAAGAAUACAACAUUCGGUCAAAAAUUCAUUUGGCGGUAACUGACAAUGCUGCAAAUAUGAGAGCAGCAAUGAAGUUGGGUAAUAUUAAAUGGUUUGGGUGUACGGCACAUAAUUUGCAACUUGUUUGA